CACCUCCCAGCUCCGGGAGGAGGGGCUGGGCAGGCUGCACCGCGCGGCCGCCCGCGGUGACCUGGCCUGGCUGAGGCGCUGGCGCUGGUACGUCAAGGUAGUCGGCAUCGACAGGCCAGACCAGGAGAUGCGGACACCUCUGCAUCUGGCUUCGGCCAAUGGCCAUGCAGAUGUCGUCAGAUAUCUGCUAAGAAAGAACAGCCAGCCCAACCUCGCUGACAGCUUCAAGAGAACAGCCCUGAUGAAGGCAGUCCAGCAGGGGCAGGAAGAAUGUGUUGCUGUUCUGCUGGACCACGGUGCCGACCCCAAUCUGGCAGAUGCUGACGGCAACACUGCCCUUCACCUGGCUGUCCUCUCUAAAAACACAGCUGUAGCAGGGCUGUUACUGGAGCAUCAUGCCAAGAGUGAUGCUCAGAACCAGUGGGGAUUUACCCCCUUCAAACUUGCAGCCUUGCAACAGCAUGAGGAGAUGGAGUGCCUUCUGAAACAAGCAGCUGACAGGCAUGCUCAAGGCCAGGGGGAAAG